AUGUUUUGUCUAGUUUACUGUAUUGUGCAUUCUUUUUCGAAUGGUAAAACAUUUUCUCUUAUCACUACCGUUUCUCUCAUUCAGAUCUUGGAACGCAAUGGAAGUCCUCAGUGUGCUCGGGGUCGUAGUGUAAAAUGCGGGCAGCGAAUACGACUGAUGCACAUAGUCACUCGGAAAAAUUUGCAUAGUCAUCACUUCAGGUCACCCCUUUCUGAGGCUUAUGAAGUGUCUGCAUUUGGUGACGAUGGUGUUGGAGACUCAGGGGAUGACUGGCAGGUUGUUUGUGAAGGAUCACAUUGGCGACGUGGCUCGAAGAUACGCCUAAAGCACAUCGCUACAGAAGGCUAUCUCAGCGUAUCAGGUAGACAAUACAACAAACCCAUAGCUGGACAGCAUGAAGUAUGUGUUGUGACUAGUGCAUCCAGUUCAACCUAUUGGAUCGCCGGUGAGGGAGUUUAUAUGCAUCCGCAGGACAAUUCGAGUCAAUUGUCAAGUCACGAUUCUGAUCAUGACGAGCUGUGA